CCUGUCACUUAACGAAAACUAAUCACAUACUCUCACAAGAUGAAUCAGGCCUUUAGACAAUGCCAAAAUCUAAUGGUUACCGGGGCUAAUCGAGGUCUCGGUCUGCAAAUAGUUGAGAGUCUGGUAUUAGGGGGCUUUUCUCCGGGCAAGAUAAUCGCAACUGCUCGGAAUCCAGAGGCAGCCAAGGAAUUGCAAAGACUUGCAGAAGAGCAUUGUAACAUACACAUUAUUAAACUUGAUGUAACCAGUCAGGAGAGUAUUGAGAAAGCCACAUGUGAAGUGGAAAAGCUUGUUCAAGAGGAGGGUCUUAACUGUCUCAUUAACAAUGCUGGAAUCAAUGUUGUGGCCGAUCUUGAAACAGUCACUGCAGACAAAAUGUUGGAAAACUUCCAUACCAACUCCGUAGCACCACUGAUGCUCACCAAGGCUUUGCUUCCUUUGCUGAAGCGAGCAGCUGCCAAGGGAACCGGGAUGGGCAUCCAUAGAGCAGCGGUCAUCAAUAUGUCAUCCCUGCUGGGUUCAGUGGAGCUUUACUGGGGUGAACGAGCCAACACUUUCAAAUGGUAUCCAUACAGAGCAUCAAAGAGUGCUCUCAACAUGAUUACCAGAUGUUUGGCAGUCGACCUUAAAGAAGACGGAGUCCUGUGUAUGGCUCUUCAUCCAGGCUGGGUACGCACUGAUAUGGGUGGACCAGAGGCACCAUUGAGCACAGAGGACAGCAUUGCCUCUGUGUUGUCUGUGAUUGGUGGUCUGACUGAAAAGGAUCAUGGCUCAUUUCUUCACUACGCUGGUAAACAGCUACCCUGGUGAAGCUGCAGAUGUUUUUCAGAUUGUUCAUUUUGCUUUUUAUUCAGGUUCCUUUCUUAUGAAAUGUAAGUUUAAAUGCUCCAGAUUAUAAAAAUGUUUCAGCACUUUAUUUGAAGCGUGGGUUGAUUGUUCUUUUUGAU